AUGCGAGACGAUGAGGACUUGGUCUUCACACGAAAGCGAGGUGUUCCUAAUCGUGGACACGACACCCAGGAAGUUACAGAGCUGAGAGUGGCCCUGCGUGGUGCUCGUCAUUCCGCUCAUGCCACCCAGUUACACCCCGCUGCUGCGACGUCAAGGGCAACAGACUCGGCCGCCAUGAGCCCAGCGCACGACUACGACGGACAUGAGACUCCACCGCACCACCAUAUCUUCCAAGAGCACCGUACAGCCGAGGAGCAAACGCCGGAGCAAGAGCAGAUGGAAGAGCAAGUCGUGACCCAAGGACAGGCCAAAGGGCAGGACAUGACCCAGGAGAGGACCCGCGUUCAGGAGCCGGCCUUGGUCAGAGAAGAACGCAUCGCCAACGAUUCGACCAAACAGCAGACCAAAGAGCCACCCAAGCAGCAGUCUAUAUCAGCAGCACGUUACCCAACCCGACAGCGUACCCAGCGGCAGACGCAACCAUACAGCUGUCAUCAAGAACAAGAACGCAGCACGUUCGGCACUUAUGUGUUAGCUCAAGGCAAGCAAACGAUCGAUGUUCCAUUGGCCGAGAGUAUUGAGCAAUAUGGGUCAUCAUCGUUGUCUGACGUCGACAUGGGUGACGAGUACUUGGUGCCGUCUGACGAAGAGACGGACGUCAGCAUGGAUGACGAGACGGAUGUCAGCACAGAUGGAGAGAUGGACGCAAAUCUGGAUGAUGCUACGGACGUCAAUGUGACAGUGACGGGCAGAGUGAAGGCCGAACCCGAUGACACGACCAUUGAUAGUCCAACCAAAGACGGCAACGACCAAGAAGCCACUUUGGAGCGCGAGCAACCCAUCAGGUCGAGACACCAGCGCCUGAAAGAAGACGAUCCAGCAGGAUACCAAGAGAAGCUCCGCAAGAACUUAGAACGUUCUCGCCGCAACAAGAAGGAUCCAGCCAAAGUUGCGAAGAAGCGUGCCUACGGCAAGAAAUCCUACCAAAAAAUCAUGCAGGACCCAAGUCGCCACGAAAAGCACAAAUUGCGAAACCGUGUAAACUCGAAGAAGCGCCGUGAGAUCCAUCACGGCGAACCCAAGGACCCUGUCAAGGUUGCAAAGGAUCGGGCUAGAAACAAAGCUUCUUACAAGAAGUGUAAGAAUGAUCCAGUCCGUUGGGAGGAGCGAAAAGCACGGCAGCGUGUGAACAAUGCGAGAUGGCUCAAGAAGCGCAAUCAGACAGUGACAGACAAUCAAGCAGAUCUUGAACAAGACGAGGAUGACGACCUGGUCGAGGGUGAGAGUGGGGAUGAGGUGGAUUGA